CAAUUCAGGGUUUAGGCUUCUGUUCAGACCAUUCGCUAUGCAAGCCGAAAAUGGCGACUCUCUUCUCUCGUUAUCUUCACUCCGUUUCAUCCUCGUCGACAGCUAAAUCCUCCAUUGUAAGUUACCUUACAGAUUCCUUAGGGUUUUCCAAACCAAAAGCCCAAUCACUCUUCAAUCGCUUUUCAUCCACCGAAACCGAUCCACAAUCUGUUAUUUUGUUCUUUGAAUCUCUUGGAUUCACCAAGACUGAUAUUCGAGCUUGGGUAAAUGAAUCUCCCCAGAUCCUUUUUUCAGGAGUCGAAGAAACCCUAAAGCCGAGGAUUCAGUUUUUCCAGGAUCUAGGGCUCACUGGUUCAGAUCUGGGCAAGUUUAUUUCAAAAAAUCCAGUUUACUUAUCUAAUCGUUUUGAAGAACGAUUGAAACCCUGUGUUGAUGUUAUAGAAAAACUUAUGGUGAAUGAUCAUAGCAAUGAGACUAUCAUUCGAACGUUGAAACGAUGUAAUUGGGUUGAUCUGAAGAAUCCCGUGACAAGAAUUUCUGCUAAUAUCAAGUAUCUAGAGGAAUGUGGGAUUGUUGGGUCACAACUUGUUAUGGUUAUGAAAAGGCAACCAAGGUUGUUGAUUAUGGGUGAAUUGGAACUUAGGGCUCUUGUAUCGAAGGUUUUAGAUAUGGGGUUCUCGAUUGAUUCUAGAAUGCUGGUUCAUGCUCUUCAUAGUAUUAGUUGUAUGAGUGAUCAAACAGUUGAGAGAAAGUUUCAACUGUUCCAAACUCUUGGAUUCACUGAGGUCGAAUGCUUGGAUAUGUUUAAGAGGGCCCCUGGAUUGCUUAGAGUAUCAGAAUCAAAGUUAAAGCUUGGGAUCGAGUUCUUUCUGAAUACAGUCAAGUUUGAACGGGCAGUGUUAGUUCGCCGUCCCACGUGCUUGAUGCUUAGUUUGGAGAAAAGGGUGAUUCCUCGGUACAACAUUUUACAUAUUUUGGCGUCAAAAAGGCUUUUGAAGAAAACACCGAAGUUUCUUAAUGUUGUAUCCAUUCCUGAAGAUGAGUUCUUAGACAGGUUCAUUUUUAAGAACAGAGAUGAUGCAGAGAAGUUGUUACUGGCUUACAAAGGUGGGUGAUCUUGGUUGUGCCAUAAGAAUGUAACAUAAAUGUGGGGUGGUUUCGUGAUUAGAUGUUUUAACAUCAUUGACAUUCAUAAUGAUAGAGAUGUGCACCAUGUUGGUUGGACCUUAGAAGUGGAGAAUAUAUUGGUUGGUUUCAGGGUGUUCUCAAAGGAUGUGCAGAUUAUUAAAUGUGAUAGUUGCAAAAUACUUCCUUGUGAAUUUCAAGCGUCCUAAAAAUGUCUGGGGCAAACUCGGAACUCUUUUCAUUUGGAUUCAUUGCUAAACUACUUAUGCAUAUUCAA